CGAGUAGCGGCCCAAGAAUAGGGGUUGUUACGGUAUUUUGCAUCUUGAGUAUGGCGUUUGGCUACUGGAACCUCUUGCUUUGCUGCCGGCAUGCUCGUGGCCGACAUCAACCUUGGCGAGGAGGAGGAGGACAACACUGUCGUCAGAACCGGCCUGCCACAGCCUAAGCGGACGCUGCUCUGGACCCUGGGCGUUGCGAUCUCAUUCUACCUCGCCGGUUUCCCGACCCUGGUUUACGAGGAAUUCAGGGCGAAACCGAUGCCCGGCUUUGAGACGCUACGCGCACUCAUCCCGGCAGACCUGGGCAUGGAAUACCCCGCCCGCUUCUGGUGGUUCGUUGCGGGCGCCGUGCUUCUGCUGUCCGUCUCACAGGUGCCACGGGUCAAAGCCGUCUUCGACACAUACCUCUGCCAGUAUCUCGCCAAGGUCUCGUUCUCGCUGUAUCUAGUGCACGAGUUCUGCAUCGUGCUCUUCGGCCUGAGGCUUCAGGGUUUUCUGUUGCGCGUAGCAGGUGUAGAGUCGCAGAACAAGGGUCUUGGGUAUUGGACCAUCUACAUUGUUUGGUUCGUCUUGUUUACGGUGCCGGUGUUUGCGCUGGCAGCCCAGGUAGAGCGGUGGGUUGACGUUCCGAGCGUGAAGUUUGCGAAGUGCCUGGGAAUGUACAAAAGGCUGCGAUAAUGGUAAAUGCAUCAGCGGUGGUGACUCUGAUAGAUGACUCGUAUAUGGAAUAGAGUACCUC